AUGUCAGAAGAAAAACGCAAAGAAGAUAUGCAGACGAAAACCUCAAAAUACAACAUCCUCACCUUCAUCCCCCUCAACCUCUUCAUCCAAUUCCACCGCUUCGCCAAUAUUUAUUUUCUCGUCAUGGUUGUUCUUCAAUGCAUUCCAAUCAUUUCUUCCGUCAAUCCAGCCGGCACUGCCAUCCCCCUCAUUCUCGUACUUCUAGUGACCAUGAUUAAAGACGGAUACGAUGAUUUGCAGCGCCAUCGCCAAGAUAGAUUUUUAAACAAUAAGAAAGUCCUGAAAAUUCUCAAAAAUGGCCAGCUAGAAAUCAUUCCUUGGAAAGACGUCAUGACUGGCAAUCUUCUCUUGCUCAAAAAGGAUGAAGGAGUGCCUGCAGAUGUGGUUCUGCUGGCCUCGGAAAAUGAGGAUGCAGUGGCGUUUCUAGAAACAGCUGAAUUGGAUGGAGAAACCAAUCUGAAAAUAAAAACGGCGCUGAAGGAAACGACCGAGACGAUCGAUUUCGACGACUGGGAGAAUCAAGAUUUUGCGAAACUAGUCAAAAACACGGACGGAACAAGUAUGGAUGUUGAGCUGCCAAAUGACCGCCUCCCCAAAUUCGACGGAACUUUUAAUUCAAAAAGUGGCAAGGUCCAAGUUUCAAACGACAACGUCCUCCUUCGCGGAACGAUUCUGCGAAAUACUCCUUCAGCAAUUGGCGUCGUAGUUUACGCGGGACCAGACUCGAAAUUGAUGAAGAAUGGCGGAAAUGCCCGGUUCAAGCGGACUAACAUGGAUCUCCUCAUGAAUCGCCUCGUUAUUAUUAUUUUUGCCAUUCUUGUUUUGUUCGCCUUUGGCGCUACUAUCGGCCAUAUCGUGAGCGAAUUCAACAUUGGGAUUUAUUUCCGACAAUUCAACCCCUGGGAUAAUGAAAUCAACGAUGAUUGGAUGGAGGUAGAAGACUGGAGUAGCCUAGCUUGGACGCCUUGGAAAUCUGGAGCGCUUAUUUUUUGGUCCUAUACAAUUUUGCUCAACACUUUGGUCCCGAUCUCCCUGUAUGUCUCUGUAGAAAUGAUCCGGCUCGGACAAAGUAUGUUCAUCAACUGGGACCGAGGAAUGUACUACGAGAAGAACGACACUCCCGCAAGUGCUCGAUCAACAACACUUAACGAAGAGCUUGGUCAAGUGAGCUACAUCUUUUCAGACAAAACCGGAACACUGACGCAGAAUAUCAUGGAGUUUAAAAAAGCUUAUAUCGGCGGGCGAAUCUACGGUAAUGGUUCACGGCCAGUUGAUUUUUCAUGGAACAGGCAUCAUAAUGGCGAGUUUACUUUCACGGAUCAGAGCUUGAUCGAUGAUUUUAAAAAAGGAAACGAGCACGUCGACCGCUUUUUGAAAAUACUGGCCUUGAAUCAUACUGUUAUGCCGGAGUAUACAGAAGUGGAUCUUGACGGAGUGGGUAGUCCAAAAAGCAUGGUUUAUCAAGCACAAUCACCAGAUGAGGGAGCCUUAGUUUCAGCAGCACGCGCUUUUGGCUUUGUCUUCACGAACAGAACUACUGAUACAAUUCAGGUUUCUCGGCUGGAUGAAACAAUGACGUACGAGGUGCUCCAUAUCGCGGAUUUCGACAAUGUAAGGAAGCGAAUGUCCGUUGUUAUCCGAGAAGGAAAUGGUGGCGGUCAAAUUAUUGUUUACACAAAAGGAGCUGACAGUACUGUUCUCUCAAAUCUGACGAAAUCGACGAAUGAAAAUGUCCGAAAAGGGACUGAUGAAGCCCUGACUCGAUUUGCUGAAGAUGGGUUGAGAACUCUUUGCCUCGGGUACAAAAAUUUGAGCGAAAACGAGUGGCAAAACUGGCACGAAAAGUAUCACGAAGCUGCAACAUCUAUGGAAAAUCGUGAUGAAAAAAUCUCUGUUGUUCAUGAAGAGCUCGAGUCUGAUCUGAUCCUUGCUGGUGUUACUGCCAUUGAGGAUAAGCUACAAGAUGGCGUUCCUGAGACUAUCAAGCAAAUUCUUCUGGCGGGAAUUAAACUUUGGGUCCUGACGGGGGAUAAAUUGGAAACUGCAAUAAACAUUGGUUAUUCAUGCAAUUUGCUUGCGAAUGAAAUGACAAACGUCUUCGAAGUCUCGGAGGAGACCACAGAAGAAGUGAAAACAACCCUCGAUCAAAUGAAGAAAGAACUGGACUCUGGACACGGCGAUUAUGGCCUGGUCAUAACCGGCCAAGCCCUCGGAUUCGCGAUUUCGGACCAUCAUGAUUUAUUCCUCGAUGUUUCCAGAAAAUGCAAAAGUGUCAUUUGCUGCCGAGUCACUCCGCUUCAAAAGGCUCAAGUUGUAGCGAUGGUGAAAGAGGCAGAAAAAUGCAUCACUUUGGCGAUUGGAGAUGGAGCGAAUGAUGUGUCGAUGAUUAAAGAAGCGCAUUUGGGAAUAGGAAUAACCGGUCUUGAAGGAACCCAAGCUGUCCUCGCAUCCGAUUUCUCCUUUGGUCAAUUUCGCUAUUUGGAGCGACUCCUUCUCAUCCACGGCCGCUACUCGUACUAUCGAAUGGCCAUCUUUCUUGACUACUUUUUGGUCAAAAACUUUGCUUUCACUUUCUGUCAAUUUUGGUUUGGAAUCUUUUGCUUGUGGUCUGCUCAAAGUGUGUAUGAAGAUAUGAUGAUUGCUUCGUAUAAUGUCGUGUAUACGUCCAUUCCGGUGCUGAUCUUGGCGAUUAUGGACAAAGAUGUUAAUGAACGAAGCUCGCUCAAGAAUCCGAAGCUUUAUACUCUUGGCCAAAAUGAUUCUCUUUUCAACAUGUCACGAUUCUGGUUCAUCCUUGGCCGGGGACUUGCCAUCUCUGUCUUUUUCUUCUUUGUCUCGUAUUUCUGCCUCGAAGAAAUGGAAGAACCAGCCGGUGACCCAAUGGACAUCAACGUUUUUCAAGUCACGAUGCAAACGGGAAUUGUUCUCGUGAUGACGCUUCAAAUGUGCUUUGAUACGAAGAAUUGGACAAUCUUGAAUGUUGCUGCGAUUUUGGGCUCUGCGGUCGCAUACUUUGUUUUCUCUGGAAUGUACUACUCCAAAGGUGCUUACGCUCUCUCAAUCGACACAUUCAAACUCAUUGGCGUCUCUCCUCAUGUCUGGGGAGUCAUUUCUCCAUGGCUCGUGAUUUUCCUCGUUCUGGCGAUCUAUUUGAUCUUCGUCUUGGCUUGGAGAUUCGUCCAGCUUUCGUACUACAAAUCUGUGCAAGAUAAGGCUUUGGACGCUCAGAUAAAAGAAAAGGCGACGAUUAAAAAGCAGAAGCUGGAGAAAGAGUCCCUGCCAGAGCCGAUGAUGAGGGAAACAGAAAUCGACAAACAGAGAAAAUGUUUGAAAAAGCCGAUUAUAGAGAGUUUUUGCUUUUGCUGCUCACUUUCAGUUGGGAUAAUGCUGAUUGCCCUUAUUCUCCUCAGCUUCGAUUUGGCCGGAAUCAUCAAAACUGCAAAAAACAUGAGUUCAGAUGAAGAAAACGAUAUUCCAGAAGUCGAUCAUUUGAUAAUGGUGAUUGGAAUCGUUGUUGGAGUCCUGGCGCUUUUGGGACACUUUGGAUUAUUUAUUGCCUCUUGCUUGAUGGCUGUUCCUGAUAAGCACAGGGGAUUUUUGAGAAUAGGAUUAUUGUGGAUUUUUCUCGCGCUACUCGGCCUUGUAUAUAAAGUUUUUGCCGCCGCGUAUGUUUCACUGCCUUCUGAAAACUACGAAUUCGUCUUUACGAUUGUCGAUAAAGAAAUUGUGGGAACAGCUGGUCUAGCGAUUCAAUGGGCUUUGACCGGGAUCUACAUUUUGUGCUUUGCUCUUGGUUGUGUCUUAGUGAUUUCACAAGCGACAGCGUUGAAGAAUGCGAAAUCAUCCGAAAUCGUCGAAGAGUCCAUUUACGACCGCCUAGCGAAUCUGAUCAAAGUCCAGCCAAAAGCAUCAGGCGUCAAAUUAGCCCCAAUCGCGCGACCUUCCAUUUCUCAGCCGCCAAUCGUCCGCCAAAUGACCCAUGAACGCGUGGUCAUAAACAGUCACGAGCAGCAAAAUGAGCAUGAGAUUAAUGAAGAUGAUGAGUCCACUUUUUCGGAGACUGUGGAUGGUUUGGAUAGUUGCUCAGAAGUGAGCUCAGUACCUGUGCCGAAUUUUAAGCCACCGUCUGUUCCUUGCUCAAUUGUUAGCUUGAGACAAUUAGAGCAACCAACACCCGCACCUCCGCGCUCACACCAACCGUCUCGCCCGGUCUCCACAUUCGAAAGCCUCAAAGGAUCCGUCAGAGAAGAAUCAAUCCACGUCCCGACUCGCCCUCCUCUCAGCACCGAACAUGAAAUUCUACUCACAGAAGAGGCAGAACGAAUUUAUGGCGAGCUGAGAUACCCUCGAUCGAAUGCGAGAUCAAGUCAUACCAGUAGUAACACACCGAGUUUGAAAUCAUGGACGAGUACAAGCUCUGGAGCGAGAAGCGAGAAUAGAUCAAAGUUGAAUUUGAAAAGCAGGUUCAAACCGGUGGUUGAAGAAAUUCAGAAGGAGCAUCCUCAAGAACUCGCUCAUUCUCAAAACAUCCGCCCUCUGAGCCGUCCAGCUAGCCGUCAACAAAACCACGAGCAACGAAUUACAAACGACUUCCGUCAAAGUUCUGAUCCUCUUCCUCCUAUUCGCGUGGUCAACUGUGAACACCACGAUUCCAGGCCAACCUCGAGAAAUGGCAAUAAAUUGGCAAUCAUUGCGACCCCGAUUUUGGACUCGGAACAGACCUAUUACGAAGGAAUUCCGCCGAUGGUUUGUCUUGGCGAAGUUCAUCUACCGGUGACGACGAGGAAUUCUUAUCCAGAGUUUCACAACUUAGAAGCAAUUCGAAAUAUUCAAUAA